AUGUCUGAACAUAGAGAUACAGAAGCGAGGGCCGCGACGGUGGCGGCGUCGCCGUCGUCACUGUCGUCGUCCGACGCGUCACAGGCUGCGGGAAGAAGCGUGCCGACGAACGUCUCGACAUCCACCAAGGCCGCGCCGACAGACCAUGCUUUGCCGAUACCGUCCUCGUCCCAGACUCUUGGCACUAACAGCACAUCCCCGGAGCUGGCGCCACUCUCGCCCUCAAUACAGGCACAACUUGGCACCGCUUCGUUGCACGUCGCGCUCCCUCCCAACUUUCCGCAGCCCGUCCAGACUUCCUUCUCGCCGCCCGCAAGCAGGAUGGUUUCCAAUACCACCUUUGCCAACCCUUUCACCAGCCCGUCCAUAGCGCAACUUCUGUCGCCCCCGCUUCCACCUCAGAACAGCAAUGCACCAAGCACAUCUGCAUCGGGUGCUGCUGCGGGUCCUUCCGCAUCCUCUUCGGCCGCGGCUUCCAGCAGCAACGGUGGCUCUCCCCCCAAAACUACCAGCUCUCGCUCGCCCAAGACAGCAACACUACCUAUGUCAACAUCAUCAGCAGUGUUUAAUCCCAGCGCGCCCUUCUCUCCACCAGAGACGUACACUUACAGCCGCGUACCCGUCAAGCGUGAAAGUCCGGUCACUAAAAGCGCAAGGAGCACGCCUGGUCGAUCCUUGACCUUGCUCAACGACGACGUCCUCGCACGCGAGUUCGCCGAUUCUUCGCGCAACGACCUCGAACUCAGUCUUCCUCCUGCCAUGCUCAGCUCUGGUCGCAAGGCUAGUGUCAGCCUCCAUCUCUUCAAGGAGACCUCGUCCUCGUCCAAAGCAUCCCACGCUGCACUCGCAGCCAGUCGAGAGUGUGCCGUCCUCGAUGAGGAUGCUCCGCCUCGCACGCGCAAUGACUCCGAUGAACCAUCUCACAACCACCAGAAGCCUUUUCCCUCGAGUGCCAUUUUCACAGCCUCCCAGCGCACACCCAGGCCUUCCGCUUCCAGCAGCCGUCAGAGGAAUGGCGCCUUUUUGGAUCCAUCUGCUUCAACCUCCUCGUCAGCAGCCUUGCUUUCUGUCAACGACGCCAGCUUGGCUGCCAACCGCCCAGCAACACCUUCCCUGCUCCUGGCUCAAAGCCGAGAUGGUACCAGCAGCUACUUUCCUCAGGCAGGCCUGCCAACCGCACCCAAUGCUAGCGCUCCUCUGCUGACCACAACCUCGCCCGAGCCUGCCGCCCGCCAGCGUCCGCUACGCCGCUCGCAGUCUAUCGCAUCGCCUGAAAACGUCGCUGCCGACAUUGAUUCGCGGUAUUUGCUGGAUCCCUCUUCCCUUGAACCGCUCGAUUCGCGCCCCAUUCCCAUCGCACGCCCACACCCCUCGCACAAGCCAACAUCGUCGCCCGUCAAGUUGCCCCUCAGUCCCAGUCGGCCCACUAGUAGCCGCAGAGACGAUUCCAACGAGGCAGGCACGGUCCUCACUGAUCCACUGACCAGCUUCCAGCGCCACUCGUCGGUGCCGGAGACAGGAUGGCCCGGAGCAACAUCCGGCUGGCCAGGCAAUCUGGCCAUGACGCGCAGGCGCAGUCUCAACGAACGGGCGCAGAGCUCUUCCGACUACGAGGAGGAUGGCGACGACCAGCUCGACGACUCUUUCGACAUGGUUGAGACCGGCGGUGAGAUCAUGGACAAUGACGCUAUCGAUGCCUAUGGCGAAUUUACCAGCUCAGAAGAGGAGGCACCUAAGCCGAACUACGACCACGACGCCGCCGAUGAAGAUGACCUGCAGAUGAGCGGUUCCGAGUGGGAAGCCGGGGCUGCGGCAUCGCUCGAUGCUAAGGUGGCAUCUCGACAUCCGCGGUCGAUGCAUCGAUCGCGCACUGCUUCAUCGAGCGAUCCGCCAGCAGUUGUCCAGCUUCAACCGUACCACAAUCAAGUGGGAGGUCACAACUCGAUAUUUCAAUUCUCAAAGCGUGCUGUAUGCAAGCCCCUUGUUGGCAGGGAGAAUGAAUUCUACGAGGCGGUCGAAAGGGAGCAUCCUGUUCUACUCGCGUUCAUUCCUCAGUACCUCGGUGUCCUCAAUGUCACCUACAGACAUGUCGACGUGACGCAACAGGAGGCAGAAGCACAGCCAACCGUCGAUGAUACUGUGCCCGCGUCCGAGCCUCGGCUACCUUCGUCACAGCCAGAGGCAGAAGACGAGAAGCCAGCGGUGCAGCAGAUUGGCGCAGACCAGAUGGAGCGCCAAGAAACUGAAGGGGAACACCCCGAACGUCAGAGGAGCGAUUCGCGUGGUGACGGCCGCAUCCGUCGCAAGGUCUUUGAAGGCCAGGAGGACUGGGGCAAAGAGAUCCCCGAAGUUUCGCUGGAUCUCAAUCGGCACAUUGUGCCCGAGUGGAUUCUUCGUCGAUGCAAUCUGGGUUCCAGGACGCCAGACCACGCCGACGCAGGCCGAGAGCAGGAAUCACGAAGCAGUAGCAAAUCACGAAGUCGAGCCUCCAGCCCUCUAAGGCCGCGCCGUCCGGCUUCCUCGCUCGACCAAGCGCAAUCGGCUGCCAAUGCCACUGAGGCACGGCAGCACAGGGGCAACAGCCUGACCAGCAGCCUGUUCUCUCCACUUGCGUCGUAUGAGAAUGCAUCGCGCCUUCCGUCAGAGCGUCCAGCUUCCACUUCGCAGGACAUGGAAAAGACACUCAGCUCCAGUCCGCUGACGCCAACCGUUUCUCCAGACGCAUCGCCCAAGUCGUCGCGCUCUUUGGGUCACGCGACGGACUGGGGUGGUCGCGAAUCGGAUCGGCUGCAUUCCACAAGGCUGGGCCAAACGAGCUCAGGACCAGGUCUGCUGUCGCGUUCGCGCAGCCCAGCUAUGGGGUCGCUCAGCAUGACCAGCCGCACACCCUCGCAAGCAUCGCAGAUGUCGCAGCCCACGGUCAGCACCGCCUACAACAAUCAGACGCUGAACGGCAUCCAUGGUCGCGGCAUUACCACUGUAAAUCGCAGAUUGCAGGAGCAGGUCCUGCGCGAAGUCUUCAGCAGUCCCAUGCUCAAAGAUGGGUUAGAGGCCCGCUACGAAUCAAGCGCAAAGCGGAAUGCUCGAAAGAAUCGAAGACGCCUGGCCAAAGCGUGGGAGGAGAGCGAAGAGGGAGAAAGGCUCCGCCUCACGCGUAAUCUGGGCCCUCCUCCGUCUCGAUCUCGAGAGACACUAUCUGCAGAUCGACUCCGAAGUAACGUGCGUACGCCGGAUCCCGCCAGCAGCGGACGAAUGAGCGUCGCGAGCGAGUUUGUACCGACAGCUGCGUCAUCGCCCGUCCAUUACCGAGGUCAGGCGCGUCAUCCUUCGACACCGCCUCGUACGCCGCCCUUUGGACCAAACAGUAUGACGGCCUCGUCGUCCAAGAGACUCGGUACAACUGCCAAGCAAGUCUCCCCAAGCAUCGCGCUUUCGGGCGCCUCCAACUCGGAAACCUUGAAGCAGCAUCCGCGACGCGUUCUCAGCGAUGUUUCGCUAUCGCUUAAGCCAAAGACGACGGCAUCAGAGCGCAGCAAUCUCGGCAAGCAGGUCGAGGCGGAGCAGUCAAUUCAGCAGUCGACAGAGCUGGAUGGCGAAAUGGAGGUGCUCAGGCUGUCGGAGGAGCCAGAGGCCACUGAUCCAGCCGAGGAGUCGCACAGGACAGUGCAGGGAGUAGGAGAAGGGCCAUCCACUCCUACGCUUGGUGUCGACGCUGCCGAAGCUGCCGAAGCCUCGGACAGCGCCGGUCAGACGCGUCAGGAGCAGUUCCUAUUGAUGGAAGACCUGACGGGACGCCUCAAGUCGCCGUGUGUCCUGGACCUCAAGAUGGGAACGCGACAGUACGGUCUGGACGCCACGGACGCCAAGAAGAAGAGCCAGACGAAAAAAUGCGACAAGACCACCUCCCGCAGCCACGGAGUGCGCAUCUGCGGCAUGCAAGUGUACGACUGCGCACACGAUGCGUUCAUCUUCCAGGACAAAUACUAUGGACGCAAGGUGCUGCCUGCCGAGUUCUCGAAUGCUCUUGCUCGGUUCUUCUAUGACGGCAGCAAGAUCCUGAUGCACCACGUGCCGCUGAUUCUGCAAAAGAUCUACCACCUGGCGAGGAUCAUCUGGGGGCUGCGAGGCUACCGCUUCUACGCCAGCAGUCUCUUGUUCAUCUAUGACGGCGAUUGCGAGACGCAGCGGAAGCUCGAGGACGAGUUUGAUCAACGCUGCUCGCGAGGGCUGGGUGGUACAGUGGCACCGAGCCAGAUGAUUUUGGAUACUGGAGGUUUACCGCCAUCGGCAUCGUCCUCGCUGAACAAGGAAUCCGACCUGAUGGAAGGCGGAGCGAGUUACAGCAUUGGGUCGAGCCCGUUGCUCGGGCCUUUGGGCGGCAGCGGCAAUGCAGGCGAGCCGGCGCUACUGCGUCGAAGACGACGAAAGGGCGAGAUUAACAUCCGCAUCAUCGACUUUGCCCACUGUACGACCGGCCACGACUACGACUUCAAUGCAGGGGAGGAGGAGCCGGGCAAGCAGGAUGCAUCGCAGCAACUGCCAGUGGCACGCUUCCCUCCACACCUCAUCGAUGGGCCCGAUAGCGGCUAUCUGUUUGGCCUCAAGAAUCUGGCUGCUAGCUUUGAAGAGAUAUGGGAGACGGAGCGCGAACGUCGACGCAAGCUGCGGGCGCGAGUCGCAGAGAUUACGAGCUCGUCUGCGGAUGCGGAUGCGGCGGCGGUGGAUGAAGAAGGCACGUUUAUUGGCGACCUCGGCGACCUGCAGGUUCCGGGCGGUGAGGUUUUCGACGAAAUCUUUGGCAGUGGCCCGCAUGGGCUCGAUGGGUAUGUAUCUACCUGA